GCCGGACGACGUCCAGGUCUCGCGAGACAUCGAGGGGAGGAAGUGACUUCCGCGAGACGUAAAGGAUACUCCCGGUGACGUCACUUCUCGGGCAGGGGCUUCCUCAGGAGGAGAGGAAACAGGCCCCUUCCACAUAGGGCAGUGUGGACUCAGGUCUGGGAGGAGGUUUCCACCUUGCAAGCCCCACAGCUCCAUCCGUGACUGCACACAGCACAUGGACUCAGUGGCGUUUGGGGUCUACACAGAGUUCUUCACUCAUGCUCAUAGCAUUUGCUAUUUUCUGCACAAUGAAGCCUGGCAGCAACGAGCUCAAGACACUGUACACAGACUGACAUCCUCUUCUGAGUCUGUGGCCCGCCAGCUCCAGUCAACCAACCAACUUGCAGAAGAAAUAGCCCAGGCACAGGAUGCCACCUUACGCUCUCAGGAACAGAUCCUGCAAGAUGGGGAGGUUCUCCGACAGGCCCUCCAGGACUCUUCCAAAGGUGUGCGCCAGGCUUUCCAAGAACUGCAGGAUUCAGCACUUGAGCAGAGAGUUGCCUUUGCAGAGAUCUUCAACCGGGUGACAUUUCUGCACCGCUUUGUCGUGGGCGAGUCCAGUGCCCUCUACUCCCUUUUCUUCCAUCUCCUGAGUGGCAUCGCCAGCCUGGUACUAACCUCUUGCCAACGGACUUCAGGAGCACGGUUCAUUUUGCUGGCCUUGGUUGGUGUAAACAUUUACUUAGAGCGUGUUAUUUGUGGCUUCCUCAUGGAUAACUCAGAGGAUGACUAUGACUUGACGGAGAGCAUUUCCUUCUGGGUUGGCAUGCUGCGCCGUGGUUUUGCUGGUCUUGGUUUCUCGGUGGUGGCUUAUUUCACCUGGACCUACAAGGACCCAGCCAAGCAGAGCCAGGUAGUGCUCCAAAGCCUACAGGAGACCCAAGCAGAGAUCCAGAGACUUUUGCAAGAAACAGAAAGACUGUUGCCUAACAAAACAGAGGUCCCCUUUCACGAAUCGGUCCUCAGUGCAGAAGCAUUCUUCAUAGAUUCUGGAUUCCCGGAGCAGCUGUCCUCUUCGGAUUGCAGAGCAGAAGCGCAAGGGCACAAAACAUGGAGAGGACAAUCACCUUCCCGCCUCCGCCGUUCAUUAUCCCGUCACCAGAGCCAGAUGAGAACCAGCAGCCCAAAAAGGAAAGGGCGUUCCCCUUCCCGAAAGCAUCAGUCGCCAUCUCGUCGGCGUAGUUGGACCCGGAGCAGUGCUGCUCAACAGCUGAAGAUCCCUGUACUUCAGGAAGGGAUGGAUAGCCAGACCAAAACCAGUAGUCCCAAACAGAGAGGGCGCUCUCCUUCCCGCAAGUGUCGUUCAUCAUCCCAUCUCAGUCGAUCUCGGAGCAGCGUUACUCAAUAGUUGGAAAUUUCUGUACUUCUAGAGAAGGUUUUGCCCUACAACCCAAGGAGUUAAAGGUCUCUGGCUGGAAUUUCUUCCUCUCCAAUCAAUCAUUAAAGCUAGACUUGCUCUCCCAGAGUCAUAAAAAGAGACAAUUCUUCAGUUAUCUGCACAAUUGAAGGGGAAAAUCUCUUUUGGCAGGGCUUCCAGCUGAGUAACCAGGGCACCUCUCUUUCAAAGGCCGAGCAGAAACAUUUCUUCUGUGAUGGAAGAAGCAAACGGGACGAUAGGCCUGAAGGCCGUAGUUUCCCUCCACUAAAUGACAAUGAAACAGUAUACCCAGAUGUGCUGAAAUUAUAAAUGUAAUGAGACUGUACUACACCAAACUGUGACAUAUCCAGUCAAGGCAUCAUGUGCUGAUACCUCUUUUAACAGGGCUAAUCUCCAUUUUUGUCUAUAGGUCUGACAAUAGUUUUUAAAGCAAGACAAUUACUUUCAAAGCUAGAUGGAAGAAUCUUCCUACCUGAUAAAGUUACUCUCUACAAUAGCUUUCUCACUGGAUUGGUGCUUUGUUUACUUAAUGUGUCUCCAAACGUUCCCUUUGCAAGAAGUCACCGCUGCAGCUGUUCAGCCCUUUCUGGAUGAGCCUCCAUUUGAAGAACUAGAGACAUUCAAGAAAAAGCUGCAAUAUGAAUGGGAAUGAGGCUUUCUUUAGCAAUCUGC